CAAUUGUAUACUUUGCAGGUUUGGUGCAUCGUUGACUUGCAAACUUUUGAGAGUCUGCUUUCUCCGUGUAUGAAACAAUAAAGUCUGCGCUGCUGAUGGCUUCUUGCUAUCUUGUUCUUCCCUCUCCUGUGCGCACAAUACCAAAUUGUCUGACUUCAUUCACGCGAUCACUGCCUUCUGUUCAAUUGGCUUGUCAACCUGUAGUAUUUAAGCCCAUUUCUUGCUCACUCAGACCAAAAGGAGAAGUAUCUGUGACUAAUUUGAAUUUUAAGAAGCAACUCUGUAGAGCAAAGGCAUCUAUGGCUGGGGUUUCAGAUGAGAAAACUCAAGGCAAAGUGCAAGUUUUUGACUCAGAGGAGGAUCUGGCAUUGGCACUAGCGAAAUAUGUUGCCCAUCUCUCAAAUCGAUUUGUGAGAGAGAGAGGUGCUUUUACAGUUGUUCUAUCCGGCGGUUCUCUUAUCAAGUCUCUCAGGAAAUUAGUGGAUGCGCCUCAUAUUGAUUCAGUGGAUUGGGCAAGAUGGCAUAUUUUCUGGGUUGAUGAAAGAGUAGUUCCUAAGGAUCACCCUGAUAGCAAUUAUUUACUCGCUCAUAAUGGCUUCUUGUCCAAGGUACCAAUUCCUGCUGGCAAUGUAUAUGCCAUUAAUGAUGCAUUGUCUGCUGAGGGUGCUGCAGAUGACUAUGAGACCUGCCUCAAGCAUUUGGUACACAAUAAGAUAAUAGAAUUAUCUGGCACCACUGGAUUUCCAAAGUUUGAUCUUAUGCUUUUGGGCAUGGGCCCAGAUGGACAUGUAGCAUCUCUUUUCCCGGGGCAUCCACUUGUUCAAGAAAGCAAGAAAUGGGUUGCCUACAUCAAGGACUCACCAAAACCUCCCCCAGAGAGGAUAACUUUCUCAUUCCCAGUGAUAAACUCUUCUGCACAUGUUGCACUUGUUGUGGCAGGAGCUGGUAAAGCUGAUGUAAUCCGUAAGGCACUGGGCAGUAAUGAUCAGAAAUCUGAUCUGCUUCCAGUGCAAAUGGUUUCCCCUGAAGGGAACUUGGCUUGGUUUUUGGACAAGGAUGCUGCUUCAAAGCUGUAAUUCAGAGUUGCCUAUGCCUGAGUUGUUUGAUCAAGCGAGAAAAUUCUUCAAUAAUCUUGCUCGCUACUUUGUAGAUGUGCUGCAGAAUUUGUAAUCUUAGCAUUGCUAAUGGAGAUAUGUCUCUAUUUACAGCCGGUAAACGACUUUUGUCAGACUUAGUCAUUGGAAGACACUGAUAAAUAAAUGAAAUCUGUAAUUUUGUGUUGUAUAGGUAUCAAAGAAACCUGUUUGCAGUUGGUUUGUCUAAUGCAAAGUCAAAUGAAUAAUGGUUAUUUAUUUA